AUGACAAGCCUUCCGAGGUUUAGUGGCUGCCCUCUCUCCUGCGUCAGCCCCGGAGAGAGCAAUACUGAGCCCAGCGUGGUGCUGCCACCUUUGGCAGGGGAGCACAUGGGACACCCCACUGGCACUUCUUUAAAACUCUGCCUCUCACGCAAUUUGCGAGACUACCCCGAGACGAGGUCCAGUGCAUAUGCUGACCACUCGGUGGCUACUUUUGCAGACUCUGGAUUCACAAGUCACCGGCUUGAGCACAGCCCUCGGGGCAUCCUCAUCGGAGCCAACCUCUGUGGAGCCGGCAUGCCACCCGUCACUGAUCAACUGGCUCCCAGGGCACACCAACAUGGAGGAGGUGAGAGGUACAGGGACUUCUCUGGCGUCAGGGACAACCGGAGCCAUGCGUUCUUCCCCAGUUACCAGGAGCAGGCCCACGGCUCUGCUGACGGCGCUCAGAUGAUGCUUGGUCUACCUGGAGACCUCCUGACUCGGACACACCCCUACAGCCAGAGCCUCAGCCCCAAGGGCAACAGUCAGCAGCUCGUCUCGCAGUUUCUGGGACUUUACAAGCCCUUAAACAUGGCCAUCCAGCGCGGGACAGCCGGGGAAGCCUUCUUUAGGUGCCCCAAGCAGCACCUCAAGCAUGAGCUGCUGUGCAAGUGGACAAACAGCCAGGAGGGGACUGGGAAAGUGCCUUGCUCCAGAGCCUUCGGCAGCAUGUACGAGCUGGUGACCCAUGUGACCGUGGAGCACGUCGGUGGACCUGAGCACGCAGAGUACGUGUGCUCCUGGGCGGACUGCCCCAGAGACAGCAAGCCGUUCAAAGCCAAGUACAAGCUCGUCAACCAUGUCAGAGUUCACACUGGGGAGAAGCCCUUUCCCUGCCCGUUUCAUGGCUGCGAGAAAGUGUUUGCUCGUUCAGAAAACCUCAAGAUCCACAAGAGAACGCAUACAGGUGAAAAGCCCUUUAAAUGUGAGUUCGAGGGCUGCAGUCGGAGGUUCGCCAACAGCAGCGACCGGAAGAAACACUCACACGUGCACUCCAGCGACAAGCCGUACGUGUGUAAGGUCAGAGGCUGCGACAAGUGCUACACACACCCCAGCUCCCUGCGCAAACACAUGAAACUGCACUGCAACAAGACUCCUCCAAAAGGCACCGAGACGCGCGUAGGAGACGACGCACCGGGGCCAGAGAGCAGGGCGAGCCACGCACCACGGGACGCAGCCCAGGGCGUCCCAAGCCACGGCCACAGCCACAGCCACAGCCAUUGCGCACAGGACCUGCCCUUGUACGCGGACUCAGAGCAGACGCUGAGGUCAAGGCUGCACCACGCCUUUGACUCUGGCGUGGAUUAUGCCGCGCACAGACCUCUGCUGUACCGCGGCCAGCACCACGCAGUCCAGCCCAGUGGUCAGGCCUCGCACGGGUUCACUCAGAGCUCCAGGACUUUCCCCACGUCUCCGUUCCAGAAGAGUCUGGUCAAUGGCUGUGUGCACCCCUGGGUGGCUGUCAUGCCAUCAUGGGGUUUAGACCCAGCUGUGUACCAGGGGGUGGGCUGCUUCAUCACACUGGCUCUCUGGCUCUUUGACGCAUCAUCAUAA